UAAUAUUCUAAGUUACACACACGCAGAAACACAGAAAAGCCAUGUUCCUGCUUACAUAAGUACAUGAUUCAUAUACGGUAAUUAAUAAAACAAGGCACUUGUAUAUUCUUAAGUCAUUAACAGUGUUUGGAAAUUAUCUCCAUCAGUGUGUAUAAUCACGAAUCGUUGUGCUUUUGUUCGCAUCGAAUGAGCCCUUCAUAUCUACAUAGGGAGUAGUAGUGAGUUGAGCCUUGAAACCAAGGCUUCGAAGCUUGUAUCAAAAACUUGAAAUACUUCCCGUCUGAGUUCCCUAUCGAGGCUUGUAGCCUAUCGUUUGGGGGAAAUUACGCCACUCGUGACUGUCGGAGCCUAUUUUUAAGCGCUGGUUCAAGAAAAUAUUCCAUUUUGGUGCAACUCUUCGAGUAUUUCUCUCCAAUACAUAAUAUAUUGAUUGGGACGGAGCCAGUAAUAGAGAAAUGAUUUAUCCAGCUUGUAGGCUAUAGUUUCCAUGUAAUAUAACAUAAGCCUAAUAUUCAUGUUGCCGGAUCAUUUCGCAAUAUAUUAUAUAAUAUAUUAUUAUAAGACCUUGCAUUGGUAUGAACAUACGUGAACAGUUUAUUUGCUAAAUAACACAAAUGUUUAAAAUGAACUAUUUUAUGUGAUUUGAUGUGACUUUCUUGUGUAUGCAUGUUAAGCCCCCAUUACGAGAGAAUUGUUUUUUUUUUUUUGCUCUCUUUUUCGGUGUCUCUCUCGCUUUCCCUGUCUUUUACUCUUGUUAUCAUCCGACAGCCAUGGUGUCCAAAAAGAUAAUAUUGUGCCAGCUUCCUCUUCUAGCUAGCGCAUGGGUCUAGUUGUUGUUGCGUGAGGUGGUGCCAUAAAGCAUUAUAGUUCUCAAGAGAGGUCUCGCGCCCCCUUACCCCAAAGUUACAUAGUGCAAUACCAGGCGCACCAGGCAUACUGUGGCAGUGGCAGUGGCACAGACGCCAUUCUCCAUUUUACAACUCAGUGUAAUAAGCAUGGCUGUUGGCAUGGAAGGAAUUAUGCUUUUUCAAGUGUUUGUUCCACUGCUAUUGAUUGCCACACCGUCAUCUUCAGAAAAGAGUCCGUUUGUCGAGAGUGGAGGGUCCAUCGUGUUGAAGGCGGAGGAAGUGACUGAAAAGGUUACCUCCAUUAUCUGGAAACACAACAAGGACAAAGCAGCAGAAUGGUUUGAGGGCGAUGAUGCACCAAACUAUUAUAACAAAUUUAAAUCUGUAGCUACACUGGAUACACAAACCUGGACCUUGAACAUCUCAAACCUCCAGCCACAUUUCAGUGGGACUUAUUCAGCUGAGGUGAACAACAAGGACCCAACUCAGUUCGUGACCUUAACUGUACUUGGGCCAGUUUCAAAGCCUGCAAUCACCAUGGACUGCAUCAAUGAUAGCAACUGCACCCUGACCUGCAAGGGAAAGAAAGAUGGACUCACAACGUACACCUGGGCUAAUGGCAUUGAAAAGUGGCCUGGACCUGAACUGACUGUGGAGAGGAUAGACCAUGAUGUGGUCUACACCUGUAACUUCAGUAAUCCAGUGAGCUGGGCAUCCAGCCAAGGGACAGUCAAAAAAUAUUUACCGCCUCCACCAGAUCCAGGUCAGAAAAAGUGAAGAGAGGAUGUGUAUGUGUGUGCGCCGAUCCUUUUCAUCUUGUUUGCCAAAAAUGUAUUUUCUUUACUUUGCAUGCUCUACAGAACUCAAUCAUUAUACCAAUGCCUUCCAUACACUAAAAACGGAUACCUCUAUAAUUUAUCACAUGCAAUACAGAAUUUAGCAUGUGUUAUGUAAGCAUAGUUGAGAAUCUAAAGUCAUGUGAAAUGAUCUAAUUAAUGUAGUAUGCAAAACAGAACAGAGGUGUGAUAGUAAUGCAUGAUCUAUCAAAUGAUGAACUUCAAACUACACAGAAUCAUUCAUGCACUGAGCGUAAUGCCAUCUGCAUGUCAAACGCAUGUCUAUGGUACAGCGCCACCAUCUAGAAAAAGGAAGAUAGGGCUUCCAAUGUCUCAGACUCAUAAACUUUGCCACACACAUCAGAUGUGUAUUGUUUGAUUACAGAAUGUCACGGUUUGCGGACGGCGGGUGCAAGGGCUCUUCAUUGCAGCUACAUUUAAACUUGUGAAGUUAUACUUAACUAAGUAGCAUUUUAAAGACUUAAAAAAUUUCCAUUGAGAUGAAAACUGAUACAAGUUUUGGCUAACCUUUAUAUAUGAAAGUGUUAUUAAAAACCAUUAUAUUAUACUUCCCUUUUGAUUAGUACAAUAUAUUAAAAUAUGUUUAGGUUUUGUGGUUAUGUGUAGGAUUAAGGUUGUUAACAUGAAAUAUGCAUUCACACAAGAAGUUUAACAUAGCAAAGUACCUUGUAAUAAGGUCAUCUAAACCAGCAGUAAGGUGCUUGUCCUAUAUUGACAUCCUCUGACCGCACUAAGUGUAUAUUUAGAAUGAAACUCAACCACUACUGUCAGAAGAAGAGAUGACUGUGGCAGUCACUCUACUGUGCCUGCUUUCAUCAUCUGUGUCCAAACUGCAUGAAUUUGUCAACCUUGCUUGAAAAGCA